UAGAAGUUACAUACUUAAUUCAACGACAAAUAUGCGUUCUUAAGUUUCUUGACAAAUGUUUGUUUUAUGCAAUAAACGCGUCCACACACACCAACCGGAAGUGGCAAAAUGACAAGCAUGGCUGCGGAGCGGGAAAGCGAGUUGUUUUAUCUGGCUAUACCGUGUGGGUCUAGUGAGGCCCUGUCAGCUACAUGGGGGUUGGGCAACCAGCUGUAUGUUUACCCAGAGGGGAGACAAGAGACUCUCAGCCAAAACAGGCAACAGGGAGAGGGGACGUCUGCUGCUGAGGUGUCUCACAUCCGAUGGCACACUGAAAUGCAUGGACCAAUCACACGCAAACUUGUCAACGAGUCACACAAUAUCUUCGUUAUGCUCCAGGGGCAAGUGAACAGUCUGUCUGGGACAGCUCUACACACACAACUGGUGAAGGCCAGCAAGCAGUAUCGCUCUGUCCUGAAGGCCUGCAGCAUGGAGCUGUUACACCUGACAGACACAACCCAGGAUGAGCACCAGCGGGCAUACUAUGAGAACCAACUACAAAUGUUCGAGAUGAUUCAGCUCAUCUGGAGUCUCUGUGAGAUACUCUUUGUGGACACAAGCUCAGAUGGUCUGGUGUUGCGGCAACUGCUCGACUGGCUGAGAUGGCACUUCUCUGAAGGGAAGAGGUUGGCAAUGGAGGUGCACCGAGAUGAGCAGCCAGACUCACAUCCCAUGUACUGGGACGCUAUCUACAGGCUGACGCUCCAGGGCGAGGCUGAGAGUGUGAGAAGACUGCUAUCCCAGCACUCAUCUGCAAAUUCAUCCGAUGCAUUUGCUGUCAUGGAUGAGCUGCUACGAAAAAUGCCACAAGCACAUCAAUACAAUCACAUCCCCUCGGCGGCAGAGUACGACAUGAAGUGGCGGCACUGGAGGGAGGAGUGUGUCCGAGUGUUGGAAGAGGGACAGUUUGCAGCCUUCACCAACCUGGAGACAUUGGCUCAGAUUUUAUGCGGUGAUGAUGCAAUAUUUACUGAAAUGAAGGAUUACUGUGAAACAUGGUAUCACCUGCUUGUAUCUAAGAUGUUGUAUCAGAACCCGACUAUCAAAUCCCUGGAUCUUCACUUCCAUGUACAGAGCUGUAUGGAAGAGUUCUGUCACGUGGGAGCUCGUAUGGGAGAGCUGGACAACAUUCUUCAGGCAGCCAUUGAAUUCGACAUCCAUCAAGUAAUCAAGGACAGCAGUGCAUUCCUAAGUACAGGCAACUGGUGGUUUGUGUCUCACCUGACUGAUAUCCUGCACCACUGCGGCCAGCUCGACACACACAACCUGGCGUUUGGGUCCAAUCUCCGAGAGUUUCUACUUCUAGAGUAUGCCUCAACUUUAAUGUCACAUAAAAGUUUAUGGCAGGUUGGAGUGGACUAUCUCGACUGCUGUCCAGUGUUUGGAAGCAAGUACCUGGAGCUGUAUAUAGAGCGUAUUCCCCUGGAGACUGAGAAGAAGGCCCAGAAAGUGCUUCACAUCUGUGAGGAGAGAAACAUGAUGGACCAAGCUCAGAGUAUCUGUAAGCUGAUGGGCAUGAAAAGCUACCGGAACGGUCGUCUGGGUUCUGCCCUGUCCUGGUUCCUGCAGUCUAAGGACGUGGCAGCUGCUACAAGGUUGACAGAGAAAUUUCUCCUGGAGUAUGGUGAGAGGGGUCAGUUCUCGCACCUGGAUCUCCUUGACAACCUUGGAUCAUCUAUGUUACUUAGCAACAGACUGACAUUUCUGGGAAAAUACAGAGAGUUCCAGAAACUUUAUGAAGACCAUGACUUCGAUGGAGCUGGGUCUUUGUUACUCUCCCUCCUCUCUGCCAGACUCGCUCCGAAGAAUUUCUGGAUCACGCUGCUGAUGGAUGCCAUGCCUCUGCUGGAAGCACCAAAGGUGAUCUUCAGCAGCAGCAAGACAUAUGAGAUGAUGCACUGUCUGGAGGAACUCACACAAGAGCUCAUCAGGGGAGAUAACUCCCAAUACAGUACAGCAAAGGGUUUGACAGAUGUGGAGAAUGAGCGUCUGGAGCUGCUCCGACUAACGCUCACACGGAACCUGUCCCGAGCUAUCAUACAUGAAGGCACCAUCACGCCCUCCUGAUGCCCACCACAGAGAUGUUGGAUAGACCUGUGUAAUGUUCUUAUUUGUAUGUCCUGAUAACUGUGGGGGACUCAGCAAGUGGCAGCAUGGUAACAAUGAAGGCCAUGUGUUGACCGGAACUGAUUCAUCAUGUGAUCAGUAAAUGUGUCUGGGACAGCUGUGGUAUAUCUAAGCAUGGCGAUAUAACAUCGUAAGCACCCAUGAUGACAUUGUGUACAGAAGGGAAGUAUGCGAUACCUCAGCAAUGUAAGGAGCCCAUGCUGAUGCAAGACAUUGUGUCAGUGUGAUAGUGUGGAGGUCGGACCAAAGAUUAACAAUGAGUGAGUGAGUGAGUUAAGUUUUACGCCGCUUUUAGCAAUAUUCCAGCAAUAUCACGGCGGGAGACACCAUAAAUGGGCUUCACAAAUUGUACCCAUGUGGGGAAUCGAACCCGGGUCUUCGGCGUGACGAGGGAACGCUUUGACCACUAGGCUACCCCACCUCCCCGAUUAACAAUGAUGACACGUAGUGACCUGAAGGGCCUCGUGUCAUCCAUCUGUGCUCAUACAUGUUCUGUAUUAAUGCUUAUACAUGUAAUAAAAUGUACAAUAAUU